CCAAAUCGGCCCCUGGCGUCUCCUCCUCCACCUCCUCCUUCCCCUCCCGGCCUCCAAUUGUCCUCCUCCCGCCUCCCCUCCCCUCCAAGCUUCCCACGCCACAGCCCAGAGAACCCUAGCGGAAGCCUUUGCUCUCCAGAGCCCAAGGAUGGAGGCGACGGCGCCUAGCGUGGGCGCCGGCGCCAAUGGUUCCCUUGCGGCGGCGGCGAGGGCGCAGGUGGGGCCGCCCACGAACCCCAUGGCCACGGCGCUGCUCACCGAUCAGUACCAGUUUUCCAUGGCCUACGCCUACUGGAAGGCCGGCAAGCACGCCGACCAUGCCGUGUUUGACCUGUACUUCAGGAAAAAUCCAUUUGGUGGAGAGUUUACUGUUUUUGCUGGUCUUGAAGAAUGUAUUAAAUUCAUUGCAAACUUUAAGUUCACGGAAGAUGAGAUUUCUUUCCUGCAGUCAGUAAUGCCAAUGUGUGAGGAUGCAUUCUUUGAUUAUCUCCGGGGAAUUGAUUGCUCUGAUGUGGAAGUGUACUCCAUUCCUGAGGGCUCAGUAGUCUUUCCAAAAGUGCCCUUGAUGAGAGUUGAGGGUCCAGUUGCUGUGGUUCAACUACUUGAGACUCCAUUUGUAAAUCUCAUCAAUUAUGCCUCUUUGGUAACCACGAAUGCUGCGCGGCACCGUCAUGUUGCUGGAAAGUCAAAGGUUCUAAUGGAAUUUGGUUUAAGACGAGCGCAGGGGCCUGAUGGCGCAAUAAGUGCUUCAAAGUAUUGUUUUAUGGGAGGCUUUGAUGCAACCAGUAAUGUAUUGGCAGGACAUCUAUUUGGCAUACCACUCCGUGGAACACAUUCUCAUGCUUAUGUCAGCUCAUAUAUGAGCCUUGAUGAGAUCCCAGACAGAACCCUAAGGAACAAAGAUGGUUCAAAAAUCUGCAAGGAUUUUGUUAGUUUAGUGAAAGAGUGGCUUUGCAAGAUUCAGGCAGCAGAUUCAUUACGUAAUGUAUUUGGCGAUACAAAUCAAAGUGAGCUGGCUGCAUUUGCAUCAUAUGCGUUGGCUUUUCCAAGCAGCUUUCUAGCACUGGUGGACACAUAUGAUGUUAUGCGAAGUGGGAUUCCAAAUUUCUGUGCGGUAGCUCUAGCACUCCAUGACUUAGGGUACAAGGCAUCUGGUAUCAGAUUAGACUCUGGUGAUCUAGCCUAUCUGUCUAUUGAAACUCGAAAAGUUUUUCAUGCAAUAGAAAAGGAAUUCAAUAUACCUGGUUUCGGGAAGAUGAUCAUUACUGCUAGCAAUGACCUGAAUGAGGAAACAAUUGAUGCUCUGAACAAGCAGGGUCAUGAAGUUGAUGCCUUUGGAAUCGGAACUUAUCUUGUAACGUGUUAUUCCCAAGCUGCUCUUGGAUGUGUCUUUAAGCUAGUUGAGAUCAACAGUAGACCUCGUAUCAAACUUUCUGAGGAUGUGGCAAAAGUCUCUAUUCCAUGCAAAAAGCGGUGUUUCAGAUUGUAUGGAAAAGAAGGCUAUCCGUUGGUAGACAUCAUGAUACGUGAAAGUGAACCAUCACCAAAGGCAGGAGAGAGAAUUCUUUGCCGCCAUCCGUUCCUUGAAUCCAAGAGGGCUUAUGUUGUCCCCCAGCAUGUUGAGGAGCUGCUACAUUGCUACUGGCCUGGGAGUUCAGAUAAACCUAGAGCAGAGCUGCCCCCGCUGCUGAAGAUCAGAAGCCGCUGUAUGCAACAGCUCGAAAAACUUCGACCGGAUCACAUCAGACGGCUAAAUCCGACACCUUACAAGGUGAGUGUGAGUGCAAAGCUGUACGAGUUCAUCCAUUACCUAUGGCUGAACGAGGCGCCAGUAGGCGAAUUACAGUAGAUGGCUGCACAAGUUGGAGUCAGACGACAUUCUUGCAAGCAUAGCAAUUGCAAUACGUUAUACUACGUCAAAGAAAAGUUAGAGCUCUGUUGUUGUACAACAUGGCGAUCCAUCAGCUCAAUAGCCCCAUCUCGUAGAAUUUCAUUCUUGAUACCCAAUUUCCAUUUGUACAAAUUCAUUGCCAGUAUAAAGGCAGGCAGAUCAGUUUACUACCCCUUGGCUGGUGGAAUACUAUAUAUAUGAGGUGUUAUGGAAUUACUGUAUUAAAGAAUAAGAAUCAGUUGAGAGGAA